GAUCUUCGUAGUUCUGUGUGUAGUAGUGAGUGAUGGAGGUAUUAACUCAGGUGUUGAGGCGCGGGGUACUAACAGCCGCUUCUGUCUACUCCUCCAGGAUCUCACCAACGUCUCAGGGAACAUUAAUAUUAACUCAUCAUAAAUCAAAGACACUGUUGUUGCCAGUGAGGGGUGUGUGGAGGACAACAGGUGGUAGAAUGGCCAGUGAAGUGAGGGACAGGACCCCAGUUGAUGUUCCCACAGCGGGGAUAAUUAUUAUCGGUGAUGAGAUUCUGAAGGGGCAAACUCAAGAUACGAACACGUUCUUCCUAACACGGCAGCUCCACAGCCUUGGUGUUAAAGUCGGGAGGGUCUCAGUGAUUCCUGAUGAUGUUCAAACCAUAGCCAAUGAAGUGGCACAGUUUUCCAAAAGCUACACCUUUGUUCUAACAUCAGGAGGGAUUGGACCAACUCAUGAUGAUAUUACCUUUGAAGGGGUGGCUGUAGCUUUUGGGGAAAAGGUCCAUCCUCACCCAACAUUGGUACAGUUUAUAAGUGCUUAUUUCAAGACCGAUGACCUCAGUUCUCCAGCAAUGAAGAUGGCUCACAUUCCUGAGUCUGCCGUACUUCACUUUGGUGAGGACAAAUCUAAAGGAGUCAAGUCUCGAUAUCCAAUCAUUAGUGUGAAAAAUGUGACCAUAUUCCCAGGAGUUCCACAUCUACUAGAGAGAGCUUUUGGUCUUCUAGGAAAGAAACUCUUCCACAGACCAGGUGUUGGGUUCUGUGGUAUGGUGGUGUACUUAACAGCAGAUGAAGUGUCCAUUGCUAUGGCUCUGAAUGAAACUGUCGCUAAGUUUCCCUCUGUGUCCUUUGGUUCAUAUCCAAAGUUGUUCCACAGCUACUACAAAACCAAGAUCACGUUGGAGUCCCUGAGUGCUGACAUCUUGAAAUCAGCAGAGCAGUUCCUUAAGAGUAAGCUACCUGAAGGAGUGAUGAUUGACUACAAUGAGGACCCAGUCACCUCUCCUUGGGAACACAUUGACAAACUUCUCUCAUCAUCACCUUCCCUGCAGACACCUGUACAAGAAGCCUUAGACAUUCUCAAACAGUGCUUUGACCAGUACAGUGCUGAAGAAAUCUGCAUUUGUUACAACGGUGGUAAGGACUGUUUGGCCAUACUUCAUCUGACUUAUGCCAUGAUGAACCAGAACUUCCCAAACACCAAACUCCAAUCUGUUUACAUAACAGAGAACACGGCUUUCCCUCAGGUCACUGAAUUUGUUCAGCAGUCCAUAAACAGAUAUGAUCUGGAUUGUGAGGUUCUACCUGGUCCAAUGAAAGGUGCAUUGUUCCAAUUACUGGAGAAGAGACCCAAGAUCAAGGCUGUCAUCAUGGGAACUAGACAAAGUGACCCAUACUCGGACACCCUUGAAUUCUUCUCACCUACUGACAAGGACUGGCCCCCAAUGAUGCGUGUUAAUGCAAUACUUAACUGGAAAUACAAUGAUGUCUGGAACUUUCUUCGAGGUCUCUAUCUCCCUUACUGUUCGCUCUAUGACAGAGGAUACACCUCCUUAGGGAGUCAAGGCAACACAUUACCGAACCCACUUCUGGAGACAAAAGACCGCCUGGGCCAAGUUAUGUACCUACCAGCAUACCUCCUAGCACAACAUGACAUGGAGCGCAAGGGUCGAAUCUCGAGCAAACAGUGACAGAAAAAGAUUCAUUUUCAUGAGUUGAUGUUAGAAGAGAUAAAAAGUGGAAAACACAUUCACCUUAAACCAACAGAUAAUAUAGGAGAAAAUAUACUUGUGAGAUAUACAUGUAGAUCAUGGAAUAGAUGGAACUUGUGUACUUAAUAGACUAGGGUGUCAUGAAAACAAGUUCCUAAGAUGAUAAAGUCAGAACUGCAGUUUUGAAGAAUUUUUUCACGACAAAAGAGCUUCUAUGAACAGCCAUUAGCUAAUAA